GGAAAAUUUCAAUGUCUAUCUAUGAGGUAAAAAUAUAUGAUUCCUAUCUUAACAUUUAGACCAAAAAGAUAUGAUUUCUAUACCAUGGACAUAUUUAUUUUGACGAAAUACCAUGGACAUAUUCUUAAUUUUUUUUUCUAAUAUGGUUAUACCACAAUUUUUUUCUAUGAGACAUCUACCAAACUUCUUUCGCAAAGACAACAGUUGAAAAGAACAUAACGGAUGAUCAUCGGAUUAAUAACAUAUUAUCUGAUAUAAUGUGCGUAUGCUGAUUUGUCUGGUAGCUAAGUUUGUGAGAACGUACUACUGGUGAUUCAACCCUCUUUAACUCCAAAGUCAAAUGUCAAAUGUUUUUAGGUGAAGAUCCAAUCUUAAGAGACAUGCAAGAGUAACAAAGAUGUCCACGUGGGAUUUACUUCAUCAACUUUGCAGACUCGUAGACAUACCACGUGCAUUUAGACCCCAACACAUUUAUUAUUAGUACGAAUUUCUUUUUCAGUUAUCUGUUGAAACCCCAUAUAAGAAGUCUUUUUACAUGUCUUUUUGGUUUAAUCAUUUCCUCAAAAACUCUUUCAAUCACCAACACGAUGCCACCAUCGUGUUUGCGUUUACAUUUUCUCUCUUUACUCUUGUUUACUUCAAGCUUCUUGAUGAUCAAUGCUCUUACUUGUCGUCCCGACCAGAUCCAAGCUCUAAUGAAAUUCAAGAACGAGUUUGAAUCCGCCGGUUGCAACCGCAGUGACUAUCUAAACGGAGUCCAGUGCGAUGACGCCACUGGUGCGGUCACGAAGCUACAGCUCCCAACUGGUUGCUUCACCGGGAUUCUAAAACCCAACAGUAGCCUCUUUGAGUUGCAUCAUCUUCGUUACCUUAACCUCUCUCACAACAACUUCGCUUCCUCUUCACUGCCAUCUGAGUUCAGCAAUCUCAACCGGUUAGAGGUCUUGUCUCUUGCCUCUAGUAGCUUCACUGGUCAAAUCCCUUCCUCAUUUAGUAAGUUAAUAUCUCUUACCCAUUUAAACCUUUCACACAACGAGCUCACUGGUAGUUUCCCAUUUCUGAGAACUCUCACCAACCUCUCGGUUCUAGACCUUUCUGAUAAUCAAUUCUUAGGAGCCAUACCUUUUGAUUUACUUCUCACUAUGCCCUUCUUGUCUCAUCUUAAUUUGAGAAAGAAUCAUCUCAAUGGUCAUAUUGAAGUUCCCAACUCUUCAUCUAGACUAGUGUAUUUGUCCCUUGGGGAAAACCAAUUUGAGGGACAUAUCCUAAAGCCCAUCUCAAACCUCAUCAACCUAGAGUACCUCGAGCUUUCCUCCCUAAACAUCAGUUAUCCAGUGGACUUGCGCAUCUUCUCCUCUCUCAAAGCUUUGUUGAUCCUUGAUAUUUCUAAAAACAGGUUGUUACCAGCCGGUUUAAGUUCAGGUUCAGACAUCCCACCGAGUUUAGAGAGUCUUGUUUUGUCAGGAUGUGACAUUCUCGAGUUCCCAAACAUGCUAAAGACCCUUCAAAACUUGCAUCAUCUAGACAUUUCCAACAACAGAAUCAAAGGGAAAGUGCCUGAGUGGCUCUGGAAGUUUCCUCGUCUCAGCAUAGUGAGUCUUGUUAACAACUCUUUCACCGGACUUGAAGGUUCUUCAGAAGUUUUACUUAACUCAUCAGUGCAGUUAGUAGAUAUUGCGUAUAACUCCAUGACAGGAGAGUUUCCUGUUCCACCAACUAAUAUCAUCUACUUGUCAGCGUGGAACAAUAGUUUCACAGGGAACAUACCUCUCCAAGUUUGCAACCGAAGCUCUCUCAGAGUUCUUGAUCUAUCCUACAACAACUUCACCGGUCCGAUACCUCAAUGUUUGAGUAACUUAAAGAUAGUGAAUCUCAGGAAGAACAGCUUAGAUGGAAGCAUACCUGACGAGUUCCACAGUGGUGCUUUGACGCAGACGCUUGACGUUGGCUUCAAUAGACUAACGGGGAAGCUCCCAAGAUCGCUUUUGAACUGCUCCUUUCUGAGGUUUCUAAGUGUUGACAACAACAUAAUUGAAGACACGUUUCCUUUCUGGCUUAAAGCUCUACCAAAUCUGAAAGUCUUCACUCUCCGCUCAAACAGAUUCUUUGGCCAGCUCUCUCCUCCUGAUCAAGGUCCCCUCGCGUUUCCCGAGCUACAUAUACUUGAACUAUCGGAUAACAGAUUCACAGGGAGCCUGCCAACAAACUACUUUGUUAACUGGAAAGCAUCAUCAGUAAAGAUAAAUGAAGAUGGGAGUAUAUAUAUGGGAGACUACAAGAAUGCUUAUUAUAGCUAUGUAGAUACUUUGGAUUUGCAGUACAAAGGUCUGUUCAUGGAGCAGGGGAAUGUCCUUACUUCCUACAGCACCAUUGAUUUCUCCGGAAACAAACUCGAAGGACAUAUUCCUGAAUCCAUUGGUCUUUUGAAAGCAUUGAUUGCGCUUAACCUAUCAAACAACGCCUUCAUAGGCCAUAUUCCUCUGUCUUUGGCAAGUGUUUCGGAGCUCGAGUCACUAGACCUGUCAAGAAAUCAGUUAUCAGGGAGUAUUCCUAGAGAACUCGGGAGCCUCUCGUUCUUGGCGUAUGUAAGUGUGGCUCAUAACCAGCUCACAGGUGAAAUACCACAAGGACCACAGUUUAGUGGGCAAGCUGAGACAUCAUUUGAAGGCAAUGAAGGUCUGUGUGGUCUUCCUCUCCAAGGAAAUUGCCUUUCGCCACCAACACAACAGCCUAUGGAAGAAGACAAAGAAGAAGAGGAAGGAGUCUUAAACUGGAAAGCAGUGGUUAUAGGGUAUGGUCCUGGAUUCUUGUUUGGAUUAUUAAUAGCUCACGUUAUUGCUUCAUACAAGACAAAGUGGUUUGUUAAGAUAGUUGGUCCGGAUAAUCACAAGGAAGUGGAUCCAGUAAGCUUGUUUAUGUCUCUCGAUUCAAGAUGUGACAGUUUCAAUAAUAAGAGAGUGAUGUAGAAAAGUAUUAUGUGAAUAAUAAGAAUAGUGUAGAAAGUAGUGUGUUGAUAAUUUGUUAGGGAUGUAAGAAAGAGGGCUUACCAGUUUAUGUAUCCUAUGUUCUCUCACAUGGAAUCUCUUUAUUGGCGGAUGAUGUUCUGAAAAGGCUUAUUAUACACUGUUUCUGUGGUA